AUGGAUUAAUGUCUUAAUAAGCUUUUAGAAUCAUUGAAUCAAAUUUAUGAGCAUACCUUUUAAAAAAUCAUUGAAACGCUUUAUAGAAGCAGAAUUAUUAGACCUAAUACUAGAAGAUCACCCAUAUAGACUUUGGAACUACAACCUAUUGAUCAGUCAUUAAAAUAGCCUUUAACACUGCAUUCAUGUUCUUCAACUCCUGUUUUUACUAAAAGUGAAUCUAUUUAUAGAAGAGCAGAAUCUGAAAAAGAGUUUAAAAAGUGUAUUAUACCAAAGUAUUUUUUGAUAUUAAAUAAGUCUAGGUGACACUAUCAAUAAAGUUGAAUGCUACUCAAAAGACAUUUCUUUGCUUAAUUUAUUUGAUGAUAAACCAGAAUAAAAUCCAAAUCCUAAUUAAUUAGAUAAUCAUAAUAUAAGAAAUAAAUUAGAGCUAAUAAUAGAAAAAAAUAAAGUAAGUAAUAAUUUAGAAAAUUUAGAAUGCGAAAAAAAUAUAUUUAAUUAAAACAUUGAUAAUAAUUAAGAACUAUAAAAAAAAGAAAACUCUCUAGAAUAAAUAUCAUAAGAUUAAUUUUAUUCAAUUAUUGAUAAUCAAAAUAAAAUCACUUAAACGGAAUAAUUUUUUAGUAUAAUUGAUAAAAGUUCUUUUAGACAAAGCUUUAACAAGACUCUGCAAAAAAAAUGA